UGACUAACUACCGGCCUCGACGAUGUGUAAGUAGUGACGAAGAGAUGAAGAGUGCCUUGACGAAGUGGAUUGAAGUACGUCGAAGAAGCGGAAGAGAGGACUGCGAUGUCUGUCUGGUAGUAGUGCCGAAGAACAGAGCGAGCACAGCGCGGGGUCACGGUUUUAUAGGGGAUCAGCUGGAAAUGGUUUGGUAGGAAAAAUAUGAAAUUUCGGGGAUCCUAGGUGUUGGAUUUGUUAAAGGAGGAAGGUAUGGGGUAAUGUUGCAGCCAGUAAUAAAUGAGUAUAUAGGGUUCAGGAGAUCUCUUUGGCUGGGGUUGUGGAUGGAGAAAAUCGUACGUUUAAGAAAGACGGUAAUUGGAGGAUUUUACGGUGGUGAGGGAAUCUUUGGAUAGAGCAGAAGACGGACCAAUCAGAACAGAGUAUUUCCAUCCAGCAAGAAAUCCAGCAUGAAAACAAGCAUCGGGUGCCGCUUGGCUUCAGACGGAACGAACGUAAAACAAGUUGAGCUAAUCACGAGCGUUCCGCUCAUUCCGCAUUGCGCAUACGUUCCGUCCCAUGUGAACGCACCAUACUCUCGCAGCGAUACGCAAUGCAAUAUGCGACACUUAAUAUCCAAUGAUUACGCUGCUAUUCCAGAAAAGCUGUACGUUCAUUGAAUAUCAAGCGUCGCAUCGCGCUGGCUGUGAGGACCAAAAAAUUUUGAACGGUGCAUAAAUCUCGAGUUCUCUUUGAGUAUUUUUCUUUCUUAUUGAAAUAAAAGUUAAGCCAUGAAAUUGUUACGUCCUGCACGGGUGUGAGUCAUACAAUUUAUCUAAAGCUGGCUUAAUAUCCGCGUAUCACAUGGGUUGCGUUCUUUUAUUUGCAACAGAUAUAGCUGAAUGCAUCUCAAGGAUACAUCAAGAUUGCACUUCUCAAGAUUACUAACUAAUGUAACUGUUAUAUAUCUGUGUUUGCUGGGUACGUAUUGGAAAGACGUAAUAAUAUAGUAGAAGUAAUAAAAAGAAUAUAGUAAAUACGACUUCUUUUGUGAAAGUAUCAAGAUGAAAUAUCAAGAUGAAAUACUGCAUUAUAAAAAGAUGUAAUAAUUCUGCUUAUGCAAAAAAAAACUAUGGGGAAACGUGUAGCAUUAUUCGCGUAAUAUUUCAUUGUAAUUGUAAUUAGUUAAAUUUUUUAAAUUACAUUAUAAAGUACCAUGUAAUGAUAGGACGAAUUUCCAAGGGAUAUCUUAGAAAUGUCUUAGAAAUGUUCUUGUGAUGUCUUAAAAACAUAGAGGUGUUCUCUGGAUGUCUUUACAGUCUCUCUGAAUGUCUUUUGGAAAUCUGUGCUCUCUAAGAUGUCAUAUUUAUAUUCAUCGACGUAAUAGUUCUCACAUUUUUUUCCAUUAGUGACAAUCGAAAAAUAUGGAAAUUAUUACGCUGGUAAAUAUAUUUAUAAACUGAUUAAGGGGGCCCACACGUGUUAAUGUGUAAGUGAAAUUUUCAUAUAAAGUAUUCUCGCGUUUGGCUGCAUAGAUUACCAAAUCCUUUUGUACACUUAAAGUAUAUACGUUAAUGGAGGCGGGAGUCUCAGAAUUUAUACGAAAAAUGAAGAAAAAAAUUAUAAACUAUUUUUCUCCUCACUCACUUGUCUCUCAGAUGAGUUUCUCUUUCACUUCAAUAUGGCAUUCACAGCUGUCACCUGCCAACAAAAUGUGUUUCAUACAAAAAUUUUGCAGUUUACACGCACAUGGAGAGUAUGUAGACAUCCGACUGCGGACUGAAUUAUGAAACACUGUUGGACCAUUAGAAUUUUUCUCAGAAGUGUAAUAUAAGAGGAUACUUUAUAUGAAAUUGAGUGUCAUUGUGUGCAUGAAAUGUUGAUAAAAUGUACUGAAAUCAAGCGGGUUACGAGUUUCCGAAUCUAUCGCAACGUUACGGCGGGGGCGUUGCGAUACUAGAAUAAGACCGAUGUGUUAUGGACGGAAAUUCUCAGCGGAACAGAACGUGCAAAUGAAUGACAGACAUUCUAUUGUAUUUAUGAAAAGAAUAGAGUACUUGUAAUUGUAUUGUCAGCGAGUGAAGUAGAUGCCUUGAUUGCGGAACAUGAUCGAUUAGAAGCAUUGGCCGAACAAGCGAAGAAGGACAAACAAAAGUUGUGAAAUUUUAUAUUAGAUAAGAAAAGAGAUGAAUAAAUCGAAAAAUAUAGUAUAGUGGCGAGAUUUAUUUUAUUAAAAAUUUAAAUCUUUGUAUUGUGUACUAUAAAAAUUAUCUCUUCUUGCUACACGUAUUUGUAUGCAUUUGUAUACACAGAAUUAUUUCUUAUCAAUAACAGUGUCAUCAUUAUUAUAAAACAACAAAAUUACAUAAUAUACUAAAAAUUUUCUUUAAGUUAUUAGGUAUGUUUGUACUCCCUUUUUUUCAGUAUUUCUUUUAUCUUUAUCGUAUAAACAUUGAGAUUUAACAAUUCUCUAUGUUGCGAAUUUUCUCAUAGACACUGAUCUUUUUUCUUCCAAAAGACAGAAUCAAUAUCAUUUUUAAUGAUAUUUUAGAACAAAAUUUAAUAAAAUAAUAUUAAUAUAAUUACUAAGGCACAAUCGCUGGAUUAUUUUUACCGUAAGAUGGGGUUACUUUGUGACUGUAGGGGUUACUUUGUGACACAGUGACUAUUGGUCAAUAGUGAUAAAGUGCUUCCGGCUACAGCCCAUAAAUGGCAUGGUAUGUUGGGCAAGAUUUUGGCGCAAAUUUUAGCUUACCUGUUAUCAUUGUCAUGGAGCGAGAUUCAAAAUAUAAAAAAAUGUCACUGUGUCACAAAGUAACCCCUACAAUCACAAAGUAACCCCAUCUUACGGUACCUCAAUUCUCAUCGCAUGCAGACAGCGGCUGACGCUCAAUGCUCGCUGCGUAUGAAAGUGAGCCAUAGACCCAUAUUCUGAAUCCUCUUUUAUCGUUAAAAAUGCCUUAAAUAUAGCUUUUCAGUUAAUCAGGUGGCUCUUAAGCCUCUUUUAAAGGCUUAUUUAUCGUUAAAAGAGAACUCAGAAUACGGACCAUUGUGACGAGCGCUAGUUUCGCACACACGCAGCGAUCGACUUGCUACUGAACCAUGCGUAAGCUAAAGUUUAUAAAAGUGGACUAAAAUGUAUCUGAAAAAAAUCAAAUUUGUCACAGAAACGUAAGGGAAUGCGUCAGAUGGCGAGCUUAAAUAUAAAAUUAAAAAAACAAGAAAACGAAAAGUGAGCGACAAUUUUCGUUUUCAGAAAUCAAUUCUACGCAUAAAAUAUACAAAUUCACAAAGAAUGAAAAAAAAACAUGAUAGGGGCGUUAUACUGCAUAUUUACCAAAUUGUUUUCACAAUAACUACUUGCAUUUGAGAGAGAGAAUACAAGUCAACAUUAAGUUUGCAUUUACUUAUUAAUAAAUUCGUGAAAAUAUAUGACAUGUGUAAUGUAGUGAUGAUACCAUUGUAGGUAUUCCAGAGUGGUUUAAAUUGCCGCUUUAAACUAUUAAUGUCCAUAAGGCAGUGCCCUGUAACCUAGUGUAUCAAGUAGUGUUAAAGUAGAUUCUGACUUUAUUUAAAUAAUGGUAAUGCUUCUUUGCAGUGCUGUGAGUUCGGAUAACUUUUGGUGUAUUCACUUUGGGCGCUUUGCGCUGUAAGCGUCAUUCUAUCUUUUUUCCCGCAAGUAAUGAGCGAUAAAGAUCGAAUGACGCGUAAACGCACAAAGCGAACGCACCAAAAGUUAUCCAACCUUGCAGCACUGCUGCUUUGCACGUGGUUUACACGUGUUCGUUCAUUUUGUACAUGUGCAGCGCACUAGCUUCUUGUAGCUAAUUCAACCGAAUUUUAUUGUAUAUUUAUUUAUUUCCCAUAAAUCAUAAAGGUUAGUAUUUAAUUUUAAGUAAUAUAACGUUCAUCGAAAUUUUCUGAAACAACAAACGGUAAUUAACUCAAUCGAAACAACCUUAUUGCAACCUAACCUAUAUUAACAUUCUUUAUUUCUAAUAUCUUAUUAUCACUUAAAAUAUUUUUAGAUGACACUGAAAGGCUUUUCUAGAGGAGGAAAGAAAUUUGAAGUUAAGAAAUCUUCAAAUGUGGUAUGUAUUUAAGAAACUUAUUCUUGUUUUACAUGUUCUUAUUUUAUGUGAUUUAAGAUGUUAAAUUAAUAACCAUUUCUAGAUUUUUGUAUUUAAAACCAAUAUAAUAUUUUGGUUUUUUAUUAAAAAAUUUUGGUGUUCUAUGUAAAAAUUUCAAAAAUUUUUAUACAAAAAUAGAAUGUAAUUAUAAUUAAUAAAAUAAUAAUUAUAAUUAAUUAUUAUUAAUUAAUUAUUAUUAAUUAUUAUUAAUUAAUAAUUAUAAUUAUAAUUAAUAAAAUAAUAUUUCUAUCUUAAAUAUUUGAUCAGAAGCCUACACCUAAUAAGAAACAUAAAACUCAGACUAAUAAACAAUAUAGUGACACAAUUGUAAAACAAACAAUUUUUGUUGCCAAUACUGCAAUACGUUUAUCUAAUGCAACAAUAUGUGAAGGAAUGAUAAUUCUUGGUCAGAUUUCUGGAGCAACUGAAUACGAAUUAAUUGUGUCUAUACCAGGUGGAUUUCUGGGAUGUAUGUAAGUCACAGAUCUUGGUGAAUCUUACACAAAUCUGUUACUGAACAUAAUUAACUCAAAGAAUGUUCAAACCGACCAGUUUAAAUCUUUACCAGACUUGUACAGUGUCAGUGAUUAUGUAGUGUGUUAUGUUAAAAGUGUAAAUCCUGAUGGAAAAUAGCUAUAUAGUUUAUCUCUGGAGCCUCAGUUAAUAAAUAAAAAUAUUGAUAAUAAUUAUCUUGUGAAAGGUAUAAAGAUAGUUUGUACUGUUAAGAAUAUAGAACAUUAUGGCUAUGUGGUUGACACAGGCAUAGCUAAUGUUAGAGCACUCCUUGCUAUCAAGUAUGUUAACAAAGAAAAGGAGUAUUGUAAGUAUAAUUAAAUUUGUAUAGCAAAUUUAUAAUGUGUGUAAUUCAACGAAUUAAUAUUGUAAAUUGUGCAGUUUCGGAUAAUAAAAUCAUGUGCGCCAUCAAGGAGAUAAAAACAGUAGAUCAGGUCUCUGUUAUCACAUUAUCAGCUAAGAAGAAAAUAGUCAAUAGUGUCAGCAUACACGACAUAGAAUCUUUGGAUGCUCUAACGCCAAGGACAAAACUGUGACUUCGCGUAACGAGAGUGCUUUCGAAUGGCUUGCAAGUUACGUUUGGGAAAGAUAACAUUGGAUACAUAAAUCAAAUUUACUUGGACAGUUCUUUAUCUGAGUAUGUGGAUGAUACAGAAGUGACCGGCACAUUAUUGUAUGUAAUGCCGACUGUGAAAUUUGCAUACUUCAGUCUGCUAACUGAUGUAUCCGAAGAAGAGAGGCUGAAAGUGGGUGAUAUUAUUAAAAAGGCCAAAGUUUACAGGGAGUCUAACGGGAUAAUAUUCAAGUUGACCAAAUCUAAUCUGCGCGGGUUCAUUUCUCUACAUAGAACCGAUGUGCCAUUUGACAAAAUCCUGACAGACUUUAAACAAGAUUCUGUGCAUAGAUGCAGGAUAAUCUCAUAUAACUGGAUGGAACAUCUUUAUGUCUGUACAAUGGAGAAUGAAAUUUUGCAGCAGAAAUAUUUUUCAGUCGGCGACCUUAAAAUCGGUAAUAUUCUCACUGUCAAGGUUACAAGAGUUGACACGAAGUCUGGCUUCGUACAGGUGCAAGCAGGAAAGAUUUACGGAAUUGUCGCACCGGAACAUGUAUCCGACAGUGGUUUAAACGUGUUGAAUACGUUGCAAAUUCAAGAUAACGUCGAAGCGAGAGUGUUAAGUAUUAACAACGAUAAACGCAACAUAAGGUUCACGUUGAAGCAGUCGUUAAUAAAGAGCGAGCUACCAGUUCUGCACGAUAUCUGUGAGGCGCGAUGUGGACAGGAAUAUCACGGUACAAUCACUAAGAUAAACAAGAACGGCAUAUUGGUGAGAUUUUACGGCGACAUUAAAGGAUGGGUCCCACGCACUGUAUUGGACAGCAACACGUCCGAUAUGAAUUGGAAUUACACAUUGGGACAGACCGUCACGGUGCUGAUCGACUCGAUCGAGAAGGACGAGGAUAAAAUGAAACUCAGAAUAAUCAUGGGAGAACAGAAACAACAACAGUCCAUUAACAUGAAGAUCGGGGAACUGAUCGAAGGAGUAAUAAUGGAAUCGUCCAUGGAAGGAAUACAUCUGAGAGUACGUAAGACCGACGAUGAGGUCACGGUUGGCUUCUUACCGGCCGGUCACAUGUCUCCGUGCAUAGAAAUCGGCGGUCUACUCGCGUCGAAAUGCACUCCUGGCGACACUAUCUCGGCCUACGUCUUUGCCACACAGCCGAGCGUGAUAAUGUCACGCACUUAUGUGACACAGGAGCAGUACAGAAACUUUCACACGCUGAAGAUAGGGGAUUGCAUUCCGUGCACGAUCAGGGACAUCUCGCAGGACGGCGUGAGAGUUAUCUUGCCCCUCGAGGAUUAUUCCACAUUCGGAUUUAUCUCAUACAAGAAUAUCAGCGACUUCGAGCUGUUGCGUGUGAAUCAGAUAUUGCUCGUUAAAAUCACGGCUAUUAACAAACGAGAGAAACAAUUGACGCUGACGAUGGGGUUGAAAGACGUGUGGGAGAGCUCUGUCGAGCACGGGAUGAAGAUGCUGUCGGCGGUGGAUGUCUUGAGCUUAUACCUCAAUAAAUUGUCGGAGCUGGCGACUAAUGCGUUUUACGAGAACAAACCGAUUUCGUUGGUGACUUUGGGUCAUAAAGUCACAGGCGAGAUCGAGAAGAUCACCGACCACGGUCUCGUACUUCGACUAGAUAAUAAACUGACGGGCGUAGUGCGCAAGGAUCAUUACACCGUCGAGCCUAAAGUCGGAGACAAGGUGUUCGGUACAGUUUUGUGGAAGAACUAUGUCCACGACUUCGUGGACGUGUCGUUGUUACCAAAGAUUGUGAACGGGAUCAGCUCCAAGCAAAGAAAACUACCGGAACUUCCUGACAAGCUUGUGCUGAGAGGAGAAAUCCUGAUGAUCACCAAUUGGUUGCUAAUCGUCCUCGUGAAACGCAACGGUUCAGGAUACUUAGUGGCUUUGCCUGUCCGUCGACAUCUGAACGAUCUCAGGACCAGCGGACUCAUCCACUCUUCCGACGAAAGCGAUGCAGAAGACAAGUUGCCGACCACAAAAAAAUCACAUAUUCCAGAAUGGGGGUUUAACUGGGACAACAAAAAAAGCUCGGCUGUAGUAGCUGUCAGCGAGACGUCCAGCGAUGAUGAAGAGAAGACCACGAACGAGCCGAAGCGAAAGAAGAAGAAGCUGAGCGCAGCCGAACGUCGGGAACAGGAACGGCAGAAGGAACGCGAGAUUCGCCAGCGGGAAGAGGCUUUAGCGAGCAAUCAGGUGCCCAACUUCAUCGACCAAUUUGACAGACUAGUCCAGCCCGGACAGCUCGUUGGUGUGGCUGCAAUAUAUGGCGUACCAUUUGCAAGCCACAGAGAUCGACAAAGCGAGGUCGGUCGCGAGACGGACUAUCAAGACAAUCAACUUCCGUGAAGAAAACCAACCUCCG